CGCAAAGUUGAACUGCAAAUAGCCUCACAAGAAAGUGAAGAAAUGUCAUGAAAACCUUUUCUCCUGACUUGUAAAGUAACAUAGAGUCGUGAAACAGAGUAUUUGUAGCCGACUGGUUGGUAAAAGGGGCCAGGCUGCUUGUUUUUGUUAGCAGAUUAAAUAUCAGGACAGGAAGGGCCAGGUUUAGGGAAACAGGAAAACUGAUGCAAGGAAACUGUGUACGUCACCAGCCAGCCCACCGCCUUCUGGACUCAAAGUAUUAUCCAGACCCAAAGUAGGUAUGGAGUCUUCGCUCAACUCACCAAUGAAGCGUUUACUUUUCAUAGCAUGGCUCUGGAGUCUAAUGGACACAGGCCUAUUUGAUAUUUGUCAGUCUUGUCACCAACAUGCGACAUGUAAGUCCAAGAAUGGAUCGAGCCCCAUCUGCUUAUGUAACUACGGAUAUACGGGAGAUGGGAUAGCAUUUUGCAAUGAUGACAACGAGUGUCAGAAUGUGACUAACAUCUGCGGGGAGAAGGGCAAGUGCACAAACACAGAGGGCAGCUACUACUGUACGUGUGUCUCUGGAUACGUGUCGACCGGAGAAACCCGGUUCCAGACCAACGACGGCACCCGAUGCACUGAUAUUGAUGAAUGUGAGCGCGAACAGGCCUGUGGCCCAAACUCACGCUGCCAUAAUACAAAUGGAUCUUUCUAUUGUUCCUGUCAGCGUGAUUACAUCUCGACUUCAGGCGAUAAGCACUUUCAGGCAGAGAGAGGUGUAAGAUGUAAAGAACAUCCCCAAAAAUAUUGCCAUGACAACAUUGGAUGCAUGGCGCAGGCUGUCAACAGAACACUUGAAAACAUGAGCAACCUCACGGAGCCACAAAGCCUGCUGAGAGAAAUUGCCAACAGGACGUCUGGUGAACUUACCUCAGUGGAAGUGAUCGCAUAUGUUGAGGCCUUGAGUCGAUCCGCAUCAACACUGGCUGCUGUGGAGAAGGAUUACACUGUCAAACCAUCUGCCGUCAACUCCACUCUUUCACAAUUAGUCAAAGCAGUGAACAAUCUGGUGGAGCAGGAUGAACUGGUGGCUUGGAACAGAAUGAGACAGGAGCGGCGUGAACACACCAUCACCAAGCUGCUCCAUGUUGUUGAAGAAAGUGCUCUGUCGUUGGGCAACAACCACAAAACUCCAACUGAGCUUCAAAUCAAAGCAUCUGAAAUGGAACUGAAACUCUUCACCUUUGAUGCUUCUCAGACAAAGACCAAACUUUCCGUUUCAAUGGGAGGAGAUCACAUAGAUCUAACCCCGAAACUGAAACCAGAGGAUAAAACAAGUGGAUGUGUGUCAGUGGUGUUUGUGAGAUAUGACAGCAUCAGUGACAUCCUCAAGCCGAGCAGCGACCCAGGUGUCACCGACUACUCACGCUACGCAGGAACUGGGGAAAUCACUGUCAACUCCCAAGUCAUGGCAGCAGCCGUCAAACCUGCUGACGUUUACCAACUUGACCAUGUCACCUUCACACUGGGGCACAAUGAGCCCAUCGACACCAGAACUGAUGUGACGAAGUGCGCCUUCUGGGAGUAUGAGGUGGACAGCCUGCAGGGCCACUGGUCCACCCAAGGCUGCAAGACACUCCACGUCACCAGCAACGCAACCAACUGCUCCUGCAAUCACCUCACACACUUUGCAAUCCUCAUGUCAUCUGGAAGAGCUAAUCUGGCGGCCCACAAUACCAUCCUGACCCGCAUCUCCCAGCUGGGGAUGAUCAUCUCCCUUAUCUGUUUGUCCUUGUGCAUCUUCACCUUCUGGUUCUUCAGCGAGAUCCAGAGCACCAGAACCACCAUACACAAGAACCUGUGCUGUAGCCUCUUCAUGGCCGAGUUCAUCUUCCUCGUGGGGAUCAACAUGAACUCACACAAGCUGUUCUGCUCUGUGAUUGCAGGGAUGCUGCACUAUUUCUUUCUUGCAGCCUUUGCCUGGAUGUGCAUUGAGGGCAUUCAUUUGUAUUUAAUAGUAGUCGGUGUCAUCUACAACAAAGGCUUUCUGCAUCGGAACUUUUACAUCUUCGGCUAUGGGAGCCCUGCAGUCGUGGUGGCCAUCUCAGCAACACUCGGCUCAAAGUAUUACGGCACAGAUAAAGUGUGUUGGCUGAGCACAGAAAAUCACUUUGUGUGGAGUUUCAUUGGUCCUGCAUGUUUGAUUAUUCUGGUUAAUCUCUUGGCCUUUGGAGUAAUUAUCUACAAGGUGUACCGGCACACCGCUGUGAAAAAGCCUGAAAUCAGCCACUAUGAAAACAUCAGGUCCUGCGCUCGUGGUGCUAUGGCUCUGCUGUUUGUGCUUGGAGCCACCUGGACCUUUGGAGUGCUGCACAUUCUCCACGAAACCACUCUCACAGCUUAUCUUUUUACCAUAACCAACGCUUUCCAAGGAAUGUUUAUCUUCAUCUUCCUCUGUGUGCUGUCCAGAAAGAUUCAAGAGGAAUACUACAGGCUUUUCAAAAAUGUGCCCUGCUGUUUUGAAUACCUAAGAUGAAAACCUUUCAGCUAAAGCUCAACCAUCUGAACUUCAACAAUAAUAUUUGACAGUACAGCUCAGUGAUAUCUUGUAAUUCAUGCUUUUAUAUUUUUAUUUUUUGUCAAUGGGAGGAAAAUACAAAUGUCCGAUAAAUGUAGCAUUUGCAGAUAUGAAAUAGUCUUUUUUUUAUGUCAAGAGACUCUAAUGAUGUAUUCACCAUUUUUCAGAAUCUUUAUUCAGUAAACCCAUACAAGUUUAAGUCUUUUACAAAAACAUGUUUCAAAAGGGUGGCAAUUGUUUUUUUUAACUAGUUUAUUUUAAGAUCUUUUCAGUGUUCUCCUUUAUCUUCACAAAGCUUAGUUUCCCUCUUUGUUGCUUAUGUUCUUUUAAAUUAGUUAGUAAAUUAUGAAAGAAAUGUGUCAAUGAAGCAUUUGCUGGCACACUGCUGUUCAUUUCAUCCAAGCUCGCUAAGUUUAUUUCAAUAGAGCAAAAGAAAAAAAGAAUCUCUCAGUGCGUGCCAUUGUGCUGAUUUCACAGGCCAAGCCCACCAUCUACUGGACAUGAUGAGAAACGCUGGGUCAUAAAUUUGUGCUGUGGAGCCACAAAUUCAUUGCAUUAUCUGUUUAUCAGUGAGAAUGCUUAUACAGCAUCCUUACUUAUUGUUUUUUUUUUCCUCAUCUGUAUGCUUGACAAUAAAAUUAAAUGAAAGUAGCACAAAAAACGUGUGUAUUUUCCAAAUCUCAAAUCAUA